AGAUAUUAGCGUAAUAUUAUAGUAGAAAGCAGUAGAAAUGCAUAACAUCUCUCGAAUAUAGAAGAUCACCUAGUAGUUAAUAUAUCAGUCUAGUGGCGCGUCCACGUGUCGUCAUCAGAAUCGAGUGGCUCAUUGUUAAUUCACACACCUAAACGUCACCUAGGUUCCUCGGCGAUUAUGAAGAAAACUAGGUGAAUUGAUAACAACGGUACGGAGGAACGAUUCAUCCCUGUACGCGAACGUCGAAGGGCGCCAGACACUGGUGCGCAAGCGUCUCCUGGAACGAGGUUGACGACGCUGCACGGAAUCGCGACGCUGACGGCGCUCACUUGAAUUCUCGCCGCGUGUCCGUUGGCCGACUCGCCGUCAAGUCCCAUUCGGAGCAGAGUUUGAAACGCGACGGAGCCGGAAGUAGCGCGCUUCCGCCACCAAUCCUUCCGUCGUACGAGAUCGACAUGUCUUUUUAGAUAACAGAGAUAUAUUCCUUCAGAUGGUUAUACUCGAUUCCGUCGUUCUUCUCUGUCAUCGAGCUUCACGAGGUUAAUUAGUUAUUUCUAUAAUCGAGCUUUAAUAGCUUCGAUACACUUGGUCGAGUUAUGUGGUGCGCGGGUGACGAGAAAAGACAGUGGAAAUCGUCCGUAAUUAGUAAAAGCCUUAGAAGAAUAUGUUGCACAGAGUCUCCAAGAACGAUGUAUGUAUUUUAUCAAUCCGUACGAUCUGAGUCUCCGGUAAUGCUAUUUUACUGCUAAAAGGGAUCUUGAAACGUCGAUACACGAGUGAUGAGGUAGGAAGAAAAAUCGGGGAUAUGGUCAGAGCACUUUGACAAUAAAGAGAAUACUCUAUCAGAGGUGAAAUAAUUUUAGGAUUUCAUUAUUCCUGGCAAAUUCUUCAGAUUCUGAAUCGUUCUAAUACUACAACUCUCGAAUUAUUCCAACACGGUUAGUGAAUUCUGAAAAUUCGAAAAAGUGAUGGAACCUUUCGUUACCAGAUUAUUUAUUAACUGGGGAAUCAGUAGUCAAUUCUGGUGAUACUUGCGCCCUUUCGUUAUCGCUGACAAGUCGAAUCAAUUUUUAUGAAUGAAAAACAUUCUGUUGGAUUUCCUUCCUCGGGUUUCUUGCGGUGAUAUCAUUCGUGAAUUGUUAAACUGUAACGUGACAAUUCUGUACCGAUCCAGAACUUCGAAAUACCGGAAGAUGAAACUAAGAACUCAGACAGGCAUGACAAAGUGGAACACCGAGAAUUGAAGUUUUGGGGAUUUAUGUGGCCUACUUCGGCGUAGUCCUUCUCUCCAAGGAUACACAAGAAUGCUCAGGAGAUGAUUGGGUAUUGAGGUGAAGGUGUCAGUGGUUCUGGAAGUUACUGCCACCGUAAUUUUUGCCUAGUGAAAUGGAGAUAAAUGGAACAGACAGCAGCCUAAACGGCACUGAAGCUAAUCGCACUACUUCUCCAGUCUUCAUUAUCAGCACGCGUUAUAUGACACAAUGGAAACGGGAGAGGCAACGGGAACGUCUUUGUCGCAUGUACAAUCAGAUUUUGACGGAAUGCUCGCAGCUAAAUGGAAGCUGGCCUGACCCGGAUGAUCCGCGCUGGAACAGCGGGGAAUAUGUAGAACUUCUGUCAGACUGGUUUCCGUCAAAUAUUACCAACGGAACGAUAACAGGAAAUGCAACAACCUUAUCAACUGCGGAGCCUUUUGCGCCUGUUCUACCGCCCUUCGAACUCUGGCAGACGAUACUGAUUGCUUUCUCCCUCGCAUUAUGCAUACUGUUAACUGUCGGCGGUAACAUUCUCGUCCUUCUGGCAUUUAUCGUAGAUAGGACCAUCAGACAACCGAGCAACUACUUCAUUGCCUCAUUAGCAGCCACUGAUAUGCUUAUUGGCACCGUCUCCAUGCCAUUCUACACGGUCUACGUUCUGAUGGGAUAUUGGAAUCUUGGGCCCUUGCUUUGCGAUUUAUGGCUGUCCGUAGAUUACACGGUAUGCCUGGUAUCCCAGUACACAGUAUUACUGAUUACGAUUGAUCGAUUUUGUUCAGUGAAAAUAGCGGCACGAUAUCGCAGCUGGCGCACGAAAAACCGCGUAAUCUGGAUGGUUACAAUUACUUGGAUUAUCCCAGCCUUGCUCUUCUUCAUCAGCAUUUUUGGUUGGGAGCACUUUAUUGGCUAUAGAGACUUAGAUCCUGGCCAGUGCACUGUUCAAUUUCUCAAAGAUCCAGUUUUUAACACUGCUCUUAUCAUUGGCUAUUAUUGGACGACACUCGUGGUUCUAUUUAUUCUUUACGGCGGUAUAUACAAGACAGCUUACGACAUGCAGAAGAAGAGCGAAGCAAAACAGCGAAAGAUGCAAUCCAUGGUUGCUCUAAGCGCAGGUGCAAUGUCUGGCAUGGCAGGUCGUGCAGCAGGAAUAGGAAUAUCGAAGACACAGAGCACUCUUUUGAGUCAGGAUAAACCAAAAUUGAGUGCAUCGGUUGAAGAAGGAACAGGUGGGGAUGGUUCAGGACAGAAAUCUUCCUCAAAGACUUCUGGAACUGGUGCAACCGAUUCGACUGAAAAACAAGUAUAUGGAAGCACCGUUCCCACAGAGACAGAAAAAUCAGAAAGAUCUAGUAGUCCAGCGUUUGAUUCCGACGAAGAGAGCACUAUGGGCCCGACUCAACAGCUCAGUAGCAUCAGAAAACGAUCCUCUCUAGCUGGACUGGUUGCUCAAUCUGGCGCUCUUCCAGUUUUCUCGACUAAUGGCCACUUAAAUGGAAUUGUACCCGCGAAGAUCGACAUGAACAUGCAGUCGAAAAAGUUUUUCUCGGUGAACUCGACGUGCGACAUAGGUACAACGACACAGAAAGCUCAGACAUUGCCAAAGAUCCAAGAAUUGAGUCUCUUAGAUACAGACAACGUGCUAGAUCCUGACAAAUCGAGUAGUCAGACGUUGACACCUGAACAGUCUCACUGGAAUGUCGAUGGUCCCAAUCAGCAGCAACCCUUGACCUCCGCUGAAACAUCACCACCCACUCAUCCUACUCGGUCUAUUAGCAGCAGCCAACAAAAUAUUAUACCACCGCCUACGCAAUUUCAGAGUAGUCCACAAGUCUCUGACAGUCCUUCUACUUCGUUAUCUGACAGACCUAAGUCACUUGUUGUGUCUUCUCAUGGCACUGGUACUUACGACAUUUUGACUGGCUUGGACGGCGGAGACUUGAGAUACAUGGACGAGAGUUCAGUAAUUUUGCCAAGUCCUUCUUACGAAAGUCCAUCGUCUUCUUUGUCGUACAGCUUAGCGAAUCCUCUAUCGAGUGCACCGUCAUCUCCAAUUUUAGGAAACGUGUCUGCAGCGCCAAAUACGAGUUUGUUACAAGCUGCUCUAAUCAGAGCUACGGCUCAACAAGUCAACAACCAACAAUCGGGUCAGAAUAAACAAAGUCAGCCUCAACCGGUGAUGUCUAAUGCAUCCAGUCAGACGCAUCCUCCUCGUGUAUUCAUCACUCAGAAAUCGAACGCUGCUUCUCAGACCUCACCAACCGUUAGCAAAGUGCAUACAGAGGUUACAGUAAAGGCGAAGGACACGAAGCAACAGCCUGUGACGACCAUUGUCAGCACACCUACAGUGGAAAAUUUUAACAGCGCGAUGAAUCAGUUUUCGGAUCCUGAUACGAAGGUCAAUCCUCCUCAGAAUUCAUCCUCUAGCGGUAGCAUGGUUCCAACGAUCUCUGGCACAACAGGAAACGAACAGGAUCCAAAGAAACAAUCGAAGAAGAAAGAAAGAAGCAACGAGGAAGGUGGGUCCAGGAAAGAUUUCGUGAAGACAAUCGGUAAACGUUUGAAGACCAAGACGCAAAGAAGGGAUCCUUUAUUAGGACGACAGAAAUCUCGAACAGAGAAUAGAGCCAGGAAAGCGUUUAGGACGAUAUCUUUUAUUCUGGGCGCGUUUGUCGCCUGUUGGACACCAUACCACAUUUUGGCGCUAGUAGAGGGUUUCUGUUCGAACAAACCGUGCACGAACGAACAUCUAUUCAUGUUCUCAUACUUCCUGUGUUACACUAACAGUCCUAUUAACCCGUUUUGUUACGCCUUGGCCAACCAGCAGUUUAAGAAGACUUUUACGAGAAUAUUGAAGGGUGACCUGCACAUGACGUAAAAGAAAGGAUAAAGAUGGAAGGAGACGAGGAGGAGAUAGAAGAUGUAGCUUGGAGGUGAAUAUUACGAAGAAGAAGGCCUUCCAUGAUUAAAUACCGAAUUAUAUUUACACGCCAUGCUUAUGGUCAAAUUGGAGAAUAACGUAGUAGACAAUUUAAAUACAGACGAGUCGUGUACCGUGUGCUUCAUGUAUAUAGUGAUAGAGGAUGCGUUGGUAUAGUUUUAGAUCGCAGUCAAGGAUGUACAUAAUGUAUAUGUAUGAAUAUUUGUUAAAUUCUUGUGCAGAAACAUGCGUAACAAGCAACAUGUAGAAAAGUAACGUAUUUAGAUAGCUUUAGGUAACUGUGCGUAUUACAAUAAUAAUCGCUACGAUAAGUGCUUCAAUAUAUAUAUAUAUAUAGAUAUAUAAAUCACCGAUUAAGUAUUCUUUAAAAAGGAAAUACAGAUAUGUAAAUCUCCUAGUUUAACGAACGAUCGAAUCGUUCGAUAAAAGGACAAGAAGUAAGAUUAUAGAAAGACAUCGAUUUAAAAAAAGAAAAAUAUCACUGCAUCACGAUGAAUGUUCUCGAGUCAAAGACGAAAAGCUUUAAUUAUUCAUUUUUGCGGCCAAUUGUAUGUGGUGUUAUUGUUGCACGAGCCUCUCGUGCGAAUAUUAUGGUUUCAUAUCUUCAACGAUAGAGAAAUAUUUUUUACGAGCAACGAACCAGAUGGAAAUAGCUCGUUUCGAAGAAGUACCAAACAAUCAAGGAUUUUAUUAUCUAUGUACACACUGCCUUGGGGUGGCCUACUGUUACGCGGGCCUUCAUUCUCCGAAUUCAGUUACAUUUGGUGCUGUCCUCGCGAACGAGCGUCCACGGAUUUCUAAUCGAUAACGUUUCCUUUUAAAAUAUUACGUAAAACGCAUUGACUUCAUCGGAUGAAGUUUUCAGAAACUCAUCGAUGGCAUUGACAUUACCUUCAUUUUAGAUUUUAUAGACCGAAGAGAAUUCCCUAUCAUGCAAAAAGGAAUUUUGCUUUUCUUUAGAAAUUAGAUAUUUUGUUGUACUUCUUUGUAGGUAUUUUGGUUGAAGAUUUUGAAUGGUCGAAGGAUGUUACAGUUUUCGAGUAACAGAAUGAUCCCGGAAGACUUAAUCGUUAAAGUCGCUUGAAACUUUGAAAAAAUUACUUUAAUAAUAUUUCUAUAACAAAAGAUAAGAUCAUUACACCUUAAUCUUUUAAUUAAAUUACAUUUCAUCAAAAUGAACAAAGCGGAGACUUUUGAGCGGUAAUGUACAUUUCACAAAUAAAUCUAAAAAUGAUUAUGUCAAUGUCAUUUAUUCAUUCGUAAAACACUAAUCGUAAUAGGCGACGCAGUUUGUAUAAAUCAACGUAACCAUCACAGCAUAUACUUAUAUAAACGUAAAGAGGAAUAUUUCACUUAUUCAUAAUAGGUGCAUACAUUUUACGUUUUAUUAAUCUUCUUCUAUCCUCAAAUGCUAAUUAUUUAUUUUUUUCGUCAUAGAAGAUAUUGAGAUGCUCUACCUGUGCAAAUUUCAGAAAAAAAUCGGAAUUUUAUAAAACGUUUCGUUACUGUUUUGACUAAGUAUGCUUUCUAUUUUAAAAUAAAAAACCAUAUUAAUGAAACUUGAGAAACAGGUGAAAUUGGUCUCGUGAGACUAAUCCAUUAACGAUGUACAACUUUGAUAUUGUUAAUCGAGCUUUCUGAUACAAUCACUAAUUAAAUAAAGACAAAAACAUUAAAUCCAAAUUCCUUUCCAGAUAUCAUGCUUUAAGAGGAAUAUAUUUUUAAAUAACGUCUAUACAGUACGACAUAAAUCUUACAUAAAUUUAUCACGGUUAUCACCGAAUGGAAUUAUUUCCUUACAUAAAAGAGGAAAAGAAAAUUCAAACGUUAACAACGUAAAAAAGAAUGUCAGAUUGAUAUUUUUCGCUGUUCUUCGUAAAAUGUGCGUUGUGAAACUUACUUUUAUAACAGCUUUUACGCAAUAUUGUAUUAAGCAAAUGAAAAACAGGCAAUAUUUAUAUUUCCCAUGAUUUAAUCAUUUCCAAGCGUUUGUACCUUUUUUACGAAAGUGUAAGCAUGCAAUUAUCUUGCACGGUAAUUUACGUAAACUACAAUUUGCUCGUAAAAGUAUAAUUUUCGUGUUUCGUGAACGUUAAACGUGAUCGAAACAAGAAUACAAACGUGAGUCACUUUAUAUUUUAAAUGAUUGUAUGGCGGCUAAUGUAAUUAUUGUAACCCUUGUUAGAAAUGGUACGAACUCGAUUUCGUGUAAACGUGAAAUGAAAACACGCGAUUUUCUAACUACAUAUAUCACAUUCUGAUAAAUAAUAAGAGAAAUAGGAAGAACAUGCAAUUAUCAAAAUUUCCUAUUACAUAUUUAGUUCUGUAUCUUUUCAACUCAUAUUUAUUGCAGUUUAUAAUACUAAUUUGUUCUUAACUACAUUAAUAUCUUUUACAUUUCUCGAAAUUCACUGCCAAUAGCAACGGUCGUUUCUUUUUCAUAUCUGCAAUUAUUUAUUUCAUCUAGUUAGGGCUGUGAUACCUGAUGAAUCUGUUAUUUUUCAUCCUAAUCCCUUUGGAAUUCUGUUAUAUAACAAAAUACACGUCUAGAGGAAACUAUGUUUGGGAAAAAGAAGAGAAGGCAUGGAGCAAGUUACUAAAAUGUCCAGUCGAAUACUAUACACAGUACACAUGUACGUACAAUAUAUAUGAUAUUAACAAUAAGCCAGAAAACGUGUUAUAUCAUCUUCCUUUCCUUGAAGUACAUCAAUAUAUUAUAUUAAAAAUAUCUAAAUAGGAGUUUCUAGAUGGCAAAAGAAGAUGAGAGCGAAUAGGAUAUGCUUGUUAAAAUGUCAAUUUUUCGAGAAACUCAAAAUACAUGGUUAGUGUAUAACACGAAUAACACAAUAGAUCGAAAAUCGAUCUUCUAAAAUGAGAACGUGUAAUACCGUGCAAAAGUGUUAGAUGUUCAUGAUGAAAAUAAAAUGUAUAUUCAUAAGUUUAUUAAACAAAAUGUAUUCAUACGUUUACACGAACAAAUGUAUUUUAUGUUAUGGUAAUUUAGAUAGAUUAUUUUGUAAUUAAGGACACUCGACAGAGUCGAUCGAAAAUAAUUUCAGAACAAAUGGUUGAUUGUAUUUCUUUGUCGGCCUGCUAAAUUGAUUAAUGUGUUCAUAAUCUCAUUCAUAUUAUGUUAAUAUGUUUUUGAACAGAUGAGAUGUAAAAUUGAAAUUUUACAUCUUUUCGAUAAUUAUUCUCAUAAUGUACAGGGCUCAAACAUUUCAUUAUUAACUUCUUGGAACAUCAGAAUUAUCAAGCUGCAGUUGUUUAACUUGGAACAACUUGACUGAUUGAACGUGCAAUGAAAGCACACGGCUUUCUGUUUUAUUACAUUUUGUCGUAAUCGUUUGGAAUGAGCAAGCCAUUCAGGCAGAAUAACAUAGAAUUUCCAUUGAGUAUAUUAAAAACGUUUCACUAGGACAUUGUCAACUAACGAAGCACAAUGACAGGAGAUACUUGACUCAAAUAAGUAAUGAUUCUAAGCUAGAACGAAGACAGGUGUCACUCAAAUUUCAUAUUUCUAUGUUCCAAUUGUCAGUACGUAAAAGAGGAACGAGAACAUGUAAAUCAUUUAAGACUUUUGCACAGAAUGACUAUUACCAGAAAGUUCGAUGUUUGUGUACAUGCAGAAUAAUUAACGUACUCGCUUCCACACAGCUGGCGUUCCAGCAAUGAUGUUCUUCUCAAUAUUCUAACAAUUUCUGUGUCAAGUUACACGAAAAAUAAAAGAGGAAAACAAAUAAUGAUUGCUUGCGAGCUACAUAAACGUAGCUGCAUGAAUGCAUAAAGGUAGCAUAAUCAAUAGGACAUAAAGAUACAUAGAGAGUAAGCGUAAUAGCAUUAGAGAAGAUUAUAGUUAAUGUUUGAACGAAUAAGAAGAAAAUAAGCAUGAGAAGCCUAGAUGAUAAGUAGACGAUCGUCGUGGAGAAAGUAAAUAUCUUGCGCUCUGCAAUUUCUUUCUGUGUGCCGAAGCUUUCAUCGCCGUAGUAUUCUUCAUUAACGCCUACCAAUGAAGCAGAGUCAUUAAGGACGAAAAAUAAAGGAGGAGACGAUAAUGAGCUAUAAGACGUUAGGUACGAGCCGUGGAAAGGAAAAAAAGUCUCCACGUUUCGUCUCAAUUAACAGAGAUCGAAAAUCAAUUAAAACGUUCGUUUCUGGAUAUAAGUGCUCGUCGUGUUUCUAACCAUUAGAAAUGGUUCGUGGUGUCUCCUGAUGAAUUUCACUCUUCCUACCUCAAAACAAUAUACACAAACACAAAUAUGAGAGUCAUGCUGCGGAUCGGUUUUUGAUUCGCUAUGAAAUAUAUGUACUGAUAUUUUAUAAGAUAUAUGUUGCUUUGCGUCAUUAGGUUUUAUAUACGAUUGAUUUUGCGCCGAACAAGUUUCUGUAACGUUAAAAUUUGUAUGUUAUAUAGAAUUUUUUGACACGAUAUACAUACAUAUAUAUAUAUAAUUACUUUCUUUUAAUAAAUCGAGAAAAUCUUGUUGCUUGUAUCAAUCACUAUUGAAGUUACGUAUUAAUCAAUUAAUCAUUUAGCUCUUCAAUAGUGUUUUUAAGUAAGUUUAAGUAAUUUAAGUUGCUUUUUCCGUGACUGAUAGUUUAUUGACUUGCAACCAUUGACUGACUAUAUUGUGAAAAUUACCUAUUUAUAAUAAAUUACCUAAGAUAAUUUAUUACUUAUUCUGUUAAAAUUAAUUCAAACAGUUAUGCUCAACUCUUAUAAAUGAGAUUUUUAGUG